AUGGCUGAGGAGAGAUCUUCAGGUCGAAAAGCCGCCACUUGGGUGGCAUUGUGUUCAUUGGUUGCAGCAUUAAUGGCAUUCGCCAACGGUGCCGUCGGCUGCAAAUCUGUGAUUGGUCAAAUCGGAGACCAAGCUAUAGGAGAAACCUUCUACUCACCUUGUCAAGCUGGUUGUCCACUAAGUGGAGCUAAUUUCAGUAUCCUAGAUAAGAAAGAUAAAGGUAUGCCGCUGAUAUUCACAGAAUGUGAAUGCUCCAAAACUGACGACCUCACUGUCAGCAGAGAUUUCUGUCCAACAGAGCACUGCACGAACCAAUUCUAUGUAUUCCUUGCCAUCAAAGUAUUAGGAUCCUUAGCAGCUGGCCUAUCGGUUGUUCCCGGAAUGUUAAUCGUUCUUAGGUCUGUACCGCCACAACAUCGCAGUAUUUCUCUUGGUUUCAAUGGACUACUUGUGAGUCUGCUCGCCACCCUACCAUCUCCGGUAUUUUGGGGCAAAAUCUUCGACAUGAGCUGCUUGAUGUGGGAAAACGUGUGCACUAAAACUGGAGCCUGCCCGAUUUAUGACACUGAUGAGCUUCGAAUACGGAUACACGCUAUUUACGGUGGCUUGCGACUUUUUGCUCUGCUCUCAGACAUCUGGGUGAUUUACUGGGCGAAAGGCCUAAAAUUGGUUGACGAAGAGGAUGAACAGACGAGUGAUGACGGUGAUGAUGGCCUGAAGCUUCAGCCUCUCAACAACGAAAUCAGACAAGGCGAGCAUCCACAAACGCUCCUAUCCAACGGCCACCGUGGAGAGGCUUGA